GCAGCAGUUGAAGCUGCCGGUGGGUCUGUGAGGAGGGUGUAUUACAACAAAUUAGGCUUUCGGGCACUGCUCAAACCUGAGUGGUUCGAGAAGAAGGGCAGAUUACUCCCAAGAGCAGCAAGGCGACCACCAAAGCAAAAAGAUAAAGUUGAUAGCAUAGGCCGUUUGCCUGCUCCAACGAAGUCAAUUCCUUCUUCACCUGAAGGGAAAGAGGCAAUGGCUGCUUCACCUGCCUGA